AUGCACCCUCAUCUGCAUACAAAAAACGCGCUGGCGUGUGAAGAAAUCAUCGCCCAGCUCGAGGAGUGCCACGCCAAAGGCUUCAUGCACAAGGCCGCCGGCGGGUGCAACGACGUUAAAGAAAAGGUCAACCACUGCUUACGAGCCGAACGAACCAAAAUGCAAGCCGACAACCGGGCCGCAGCGCGGGCAAAACGCGACAAGAUCAAGAAGGCCCAGGAGGAUCUUGGUCUCUGA